AUGUUCUCAUUAGAGAAUGUCUUUUAUUUUCAAGCUGGGCUUGGAGUCCUAGCCAAUAUGUUCCUUCUAGUUUUUUAUAUUUUCAUAAUCCUAGGUCAUAGACCUAAGCUCAUUGAUCUGAUCUCCUGUCAACUGACCUUUGUUCACAUAGUGAUGAUUCUCACUGGAGGAAAUAUCAUGCUUACAGACAUAUUUGAGUCACUGAAUGUUGAGAAUGACAUCAAAUGUAAGGUAACUUUAUACACAAACAGGGUGAUGAGAGGCCUCUCUAUCUGCAUCACUUGCCUCCUGAGUGUGUUCCAGGCUGUCACUAUCAGUCCCAGUACCUCUUUGCUGGCGAAGUUUAAACAUAAACUAAGAAAACACAUGAUGAAUGCUUCUUUCUUUUACAUUUGGUCUUUCAAUUUUGCUCUUAGUAGUAACCUGAUCUUCUAUGUUGGUGGUUUUACCAAUGUGAGUAAGAUCAAGCAGAUGAAGAUCACUAAAUCCUGCUCACUCUUCCCAAUGAACUACAUCAUCAGGGGAAUGAUUGUAACAGUGACAACUUCCAGGGAUGUGUUUCUUGUAGGAAUCAUGCUGAUCACAAGUGCAUACAUGGUGAUUAUCUUGUUCAGACAUCAGAGGCAAUGCAAGCAUCUUCAUCGCAUCAGCCACCUGAGCGCAUCCCCUGAGAAAAGAGCCACCCAGACCAUCUUGCUGCUGGUGGUUUUCUUUGUGGUCUUGUACUUGGUGGACUUCAUCGUCUCAUCUAUCUCCAUCCUGUUAUGGAUAUACAACCCAGUCAUCCUGACUAUUCAGAAGUUUUUGAUGAAUGCCUAUCCUAUAGUUACUCCUUUGGUACAAAUCAGUUCAGAUAAGAGAAUAAUCAAUGUGUUGAAAACCUUGCAGUUAAAAUGGCAUUAG